CAAUAAUUCAUGUUAACAACUGAAAUAUUGGUUUUCCAGCUAAAAUCAAUGAAAUUAAACAGUCCAUUGGAUUGUGCUGUGAUGCGUUGACUACUAUAACAUUAAAUUGUAAAGAUUUAUGAAGUAAAGUUGUAACCUUAACCAGUGUUGACUUUCAGAAUAAUGUACAUGUAAACGGAUUACUGAUGAUAUAGACUAACAUUUUUUUUUCGUUAUCUAGGAUGAUGAAUAUAAUGAAAAUAUAUAAAGUGUUAUGCUUGGGUUUGUUCUUUGUAUGCACGGAGACACGUUCUUUUAAAGGGCACGAGACACGGCACGUGCUGUCAGGAGAUGAUGACUUUGUUAUCAGUAUCGUCACUAAUGGAUCAUACAGCAUUAUUAUAAAUGGUACCACUUGGCUUAACAAUGCACCAACAUAUUUUAAUGUCAACAACAAAACUCACAACAGUUCUGACGGUACUCUAAAGUUGAUUGAAACAAGCGCUACUUCCGGCACGGACAAACUUGGACAAUGGCAGAGUACCACGUUUCUUUACCAAACAACUGACGCAGCAGCCGUCAAGAUUGUAGCUGUCAUCAAAUCUUAUCCUCGUCUACCUAUAAUUAUAUUCCAACAAUACUUCAAAGAUGGGGCAAAUUGGACCCAGGGAUUCACAUACGAGAAUAUAUGUGGUGGAUUUCCCGGGUUUAAGAUGGAGGGAGACCCGGGAAAACUGGGAUUCCUGUCAUACGGUGGUAUGAUGAUCGGAGAUACUCAUAAAACCAUGGGCAGCUGGUCAAAAGAAACAGAUAACAUAAAUUAUGGAAUAACUGGUGGUCCUCUUGCACUUUUUGAUCAGGAUGGCCGGACGCUUAUUAUUUCACCUUUCAAUAACUUUAUGUCAGCCUCUUUUCUUCAUGAUCUGAACAAGGGAGGCAAUUAUUAUGGUGGAAUAAUGGGAGGUAAGUCUUGUCACAAGAUGCUCCUUAAACCAAGGGCAAAAUGCAAUAAUUCUAAAAUGGCAUUUGAAGGUUGGGGUAAGUCCCUAAGAAGUUUUUAUGGAAAAAGCCCAAAACAACAAGAAGGUGAUAUUACCAUAAAAAUAUCGGUUACUGGACGAAAAUUUGGAGUGUAUGCCAGACAUAAACUAGGAGUGGAUUACUACUACUAUAAGACGGAACCGAAUAAAAACUACGAGCAGACGAUUUUAGAUGUCAGAGAUUAUGCAAAUAAAAUGAACAUUCCGUAUAGAUAUAUGCAAUAUGACUCGUGGUGGUAUUAUAAAGGUAUUGGUGAUGGUGUUAAAACCUGGGUCUCCAGACCGGACGUAUUUCCAGACGGCUUUGUAAAUGUUACAAAAAUGAUUAAAUACCCCGCUGCAGGUCAUAAUAGAUACUGGGCUCCCGAUACAACAUAUGCCAAACAGAAUGGUGGUAAAUACGAUUUUAUAGUUGAGAAAUUCAAGGCUGUCCCUGUCUCUAAACAAUUCUGGAUGGAUUUAUUUAAAGAAGCCAAAUCCUGGGGACUUGUCCUUUAUGAACAGGAUUGGUUGAACGUUGAGUUUAGUGGUUUGAAAGCUUUUCUCACUGACCUUAACCUCGGAACUACAUGGUUGACACAGAUGGCCGAGGCGGCACAGGAGAAUGGUAUAUAUAUCCAAUAUUGUAUGGCAAACCCCAGGCACGCCAUGCAGUCCCUUCUAUACCCAGCAGUUACUCAGGCAAGAGUGUCUAAUGAUUAUAAUCCAGGAGGGGGUCAGUGGAGUAUUGGAAUAUCAUCUAUUAUGGCAGCAGCUUUAGGUGUGGCUCCAUACAAAGAUACAUUCUGGACAACAGAAACACAACCUGGAAAUAUUUACAACAAGACAGAACCGAACUGGAAACUGAACAUGGUGGUCUCUACAUUAAGCACAGGUCCUGUUGGUCCAAGUGAUAUGAUAGGUGCUACUAAUGUAUCGUGGUUAAUGAAAUGUUGUCGGUCAGAUGGUGUUAUACUGAAGCCCCAGUAUCCUAUACGUGCUGUAGAUGGUCAAAUUAUCAAGGCGGCCUUGCCAGAUACUGAGGGACCAGAUGGUGAAGUAUGGAUAUCAUACACAGAUAUUGGAGGGCUUAGAUUUUCCAAUCUGUUAGUGCUGAAUCUUCGUUCACAGUAUACUAUGUAUCCCAGAGAUACUGGUAUAUAUAACCAUGUGCCACUUAUGGAUACGGGACUAUAUGCCGUGCCGUACGACGAUCCCGGAAGUUGGGUUGAAUUUACUUACUUAGGUGGUCUAACAUUUACAGACAAGUUUAACCCUACAAGAAUAGCUCUGUACCAGAUAUCGCAAAAAAUCCCGGGAAUGUUUAUGACAGUUAUUAUCGGUGAGAUGGAUAAAUGGGCACCAGUGUCACAUCAGAGGAUACAAGAUAUAACAUGGACUAAUACAACAGUUACAGCACCGCUCAUGGGAGCGCCCAAUGAAUCGUUUGAUUUCUGGUAUAUCUUAACAAGUAAAGGAGGGAGCGUUACGUGUAAUCUAGAUCAGUCCGGUCAUGCUACAUUUAAAAUGGAUUCUUCCAAGGGCGUAGUUACAUGUCAAUAAAAUACUUUGAAAAUGAUAGCUGUAAAUGAAAAGUUAAUGAAAGUAUAUGAAAGGUUGAAUGUGUGGUAGGUUUAUAUUAAUGUUUUGAUAUGAUAUUGUACGAAUUUGUUUAGAAGUGUAAAACACCAGUGAUUCAGUCAAAAUAGAUUUUUAAAUUUUUGUUGUCUUGGAAAAUUAUACGUCUUUUAUACAUGAACAUAAUCAUUAUAUUGUGAUGAAAAUGAAGAUUGCCUGAUACAUGUUUCUGAAGUUGGUUUAAUAUUUCGAUAUUUUUGUUUUGAUAUUACUGACUUAUCAUUUUUACUGUUGUUUUUUAUUAAUUAAGUAUGUACUCAUAUAAACUGCUUUAUGCGAAUAUUAAUUUAUUUUCAAUAUAAUUACUUAUCCAUGGCAUUCAUGGUCAGAUUAAUAGGAUUAUGUUUAAUUUGCAUCAUAUCUGUCACUUACUAGGCUACCUACUUCUUUUUUCGGGACAAAGGUCAUAUUUUAAGAUUUAUAUGUACUUUAAAUUAUUAGUUUUGUGUGCAAUUUCCUAAAUUUACAAAUUUAUAAACACUGGCCUUUUUGUACGUUAACAUCUUUAUGUUAAAAUGAUAAAUGUAACUAAGAUACGCAAAUCCUGUUAUUGAAAAUGUAAAAUC